CUUUUGCCAAGAACAAGAGGAAAUGGCUUCAAGUUGCACCAUGGGAGGUUUAGGUUGGAUAUGAGGAGCAAUUUAUUCCCCAAAAGCUUUGUGUUAUUCUUGGAAAGUUUCGCACCACUUGUGAAUUCCUUGCACCUUGGCGUUGGGAGCCCACUUCUGUUGGGCCCUCCUCCUUUACAGUUUGCUCACAUUAAGACACAGUUGGCUCUUCAGCAGUUGACCUCGGUUGCUCCCAACGCUUCUGCACCUCCUCAUGCUUGGUUAAAUCAGGUGGUUCCGAAAAGCACAAUGUUUAGCCCUAGAGGAACUUUACCUCAGAGGCCCAGAGGACCUAACCCGUCUGGCACAAAGCCUCCAGGAUCCUUUACGGGAAGGGGUGCAGGAGGUCUUCAGAGAAAACCCACGCCUGGAGCACCUCAAGGAAUGCCACCGAGAUGUUCGGGGCAGGAGACACUUCAGUGGACAGGUUCCCAGAGGAUAAACGUUCGGGUAACUCUGCACAGGCCUGAUCCGAGGAAGGUGAAGGAGAAGUCAAACCUACACCAGGAGCAGAAGGGGGAGCCUCGCCCAACUCGCUGGGAUAUCAGCCCGUGCCCGGCUGGGAUGAGUGGGCAAAAGCCACCUGCCUCGGCGCGGAUCUCAGAGCAGAACUCCAACGCCCAGAACCGCUACACGCCAGAAAGCGCUUCCAGUAUUCUCGCGAGUUUUGGGCUGUCCAACGAAGAUCUGGAGGAGCUCAGCCGUUAUCCAGACGAUCAGCUGACGCCCGAGAACAUGCCGCUGAUCCUGAGAGAAAUCCGGAUGCGUAAGAUGGGGCAUUCUUUGCCUGGCCUACACAGUCAGAGCCGGGCAGAGGAACCCGUGGGUGGUAGCGGCGGUGCGGCAGUCAAGAGUAAAGUGAUCGAUUACGGCCAUGCGAGCAAGUACGGUUACACCGAGGACCCCCUGGAAGUGCGUCCUUUCAACCCCGAAGCGCUGCCGGAAGAGCCCCUGGAAGCACGUGUGUAUGCUCCUGAGGUGCCCAGCGCGGAGAAGAGGGAAGAGUUCCCCCGGGAGCAGAGCGUGCCGAUGGCUGUCCCACCGCCGAGCGUGCCCUGCAAUCCGGUGUUUCAAGUUGAAGAUCUGAUCAAACAGACAAGAUUCCAGAUCGAUUCCUCAAACACUCAAUCCUUUUUUCCAGCUGAGGCUCCGGGGAAGGUGUCCGGAAUAUGCGUAACGCCUCCUGGACUCCCUGGGGUAAAACCUGUAUCCCAGCCUGUGAUUGCACCCAUCAUGCCACCUAUGAUGCCACCCAUCAUGGCACCUUUGGUGCAACCCAUAAUGCCACCAGUCAUGCCUCCUCUUGUCCAGCAGCCCAUGCCCCAGCACGUGAUGCCACCAAUGACCCAACCUCCCUUUGCUGCUGAAAUCCCGACUGUAAACCAUCACGAAAGACCUCAACACGAGUCUGGAACGAGCCAGCCCAACGCCCAGAGUGGCUCGGGAGCGGCACCCAAGCCCUUCCGCCCACAGGCCGAGGAGCCCUUUAGAUCUCCUUUUGGCAUCGUGAAAGCAUCGUGGCUUCCUGUCCUUCCACAGUCCGAUGCCCAGAAGAUCAAAAAAUUGCCCACCCCAUCAAUGAUGAAUGACUACUAUGCCACGUCGCCGAGAAUAUUCCCACAUAUGUGUUCUCUGUGUAACAUUGAGUGCACUGAGAUGAAGGACUGGAUCUUGCAUCAGAACACUCCGUCUCACAUCGAAAGCUGCCGCCACUUACGCCAAGAGUACCCUGACUGGAACCCUGAGGCUCAUUCCUCAAGGAGAAAUGCUGUGGAGAAAAAAGAAAACCAGACCCCCAGGCGCCGCUCCAGCUCGGCCAGUCCCAGCCCCAGGCGCUCCAGAGCCCCGAGCUCCAGCUACUACCACCGCCGGUCACGCUCCAGGUCGCGGAGCCCAGGCCGCUUCCGGCCCAGGCGCCGGAGCCGCAGCCCUUGGUACGUGCGGCGCCGCAGCCCCAGGUACAGGUCGAGGUCUCCGCACCGCUCCCGCCACCCGCCCAGGGCCAGCCCGCGGCCUCGCAGAUCCUCCAGCCAUGACCGCUCGUCCAGGAGGUCGAGCCACUCCCGAGUGGGAUCUUCAGGAUCGGGAUCUUCUCAUGGACACUUAAGGAAGUCAUCUGGAAGUGUGAAGAAGCCAGUGAAAACAAGUGGUUCUGCCAAGGCUUCCAAGAAAGAUGAACCUUCUUUGCCCGAGUCAAGUUCUUCAUCUCCUAAAACUGAUGAUGUGCCUGAAGAGAAAGAAACAAAAGAUGGUGAGGAAGACUCAGCUGCUUCAACCAGUGGAUCUAAUGCCCCUUCUUACAAUAGGCUGUUGAGGAAGGAGCUGCUGAGCUGUGGGACAGUCCUUCAGAUAUCUGAUUUACCAGAUGAUGGCUUCUCAGACCAAGAUAUUAGAAAGAUUGUUCAGCCUUUUGGCAAAGUUAGUGAUAUCAUUGUGCUGCGCUCCAGAAAUGAGGCCUUCCUGGAGAUGAACUACAAGGAAGCUGUGAUAGCAGCUGUGAAAUACGGCGAGAUGACGCCGGUGCUGGUCAACGGCAGGAGGGUGAAAAUCAGCGUGGCUGAGAAGCCAAAAGCACCUCCUGGCAACAAGGCCAAAACAAGCAUCAAAAAAAAGACUCAGCCUGUUAAAAAGGUUUUGCCAAGCACCAAAAAAGAUCAGACCACCACCACGAAGAGACCUAAAUCUAGCACAGGUAAAAAAGAAAAGACUAAGAAACCAACAAGUAGUAAAACCAAGGAAACUUCAAACCCUGGAGAUGAAGACCCUGAGAUCUCCACAAAAGCUGAAGUGGAAGGUGAGAAAAUGACACAGUCAGAACCACAGCACAUUCCAGACAAGGAUGGAGUUACAGAGCCUGUGCAGACAGGGGAGGUGACCAACCCUGCACCUGUGCUAGAGAAACCUCAGGUGCCUCAGGUGGCAGCAUCAGACUUGGAUGAGUUUAAGGAAGCUUUAGUUGAUCAAGAAGCUACGGUAACAACUACAGAGAGUGAAGAGGCCACAGAACCAGCGAGCAAGGAACUUGAGGAUAUCUGUGUGGUUCUUGUUUCAAACCUCCCUGAGAAAGGAUACUCUGUGGAGGAAGUUUCCAACCUCGCAAAGCCCUUUGGAGGACUGAGGGAUGUGCUGAUUUUAUCAUCUCAUAAAAAGGCUUAUCUUGAAAUAAACAGAAAAUCUGCUGACUCCAUGGUCAAAUUUUACAGCUGCUUCCCAAGGUCCCUGGGUGGAAACCAGCUCUGCAUCAACAUGGUGCCUCAGUGCACCACUGUCAAGGAUGAAGAAGCAAUAUUUACUGCUCUCAUUAAAGAUUCUGACCCUAAGGUGAACACUGCAGCUUUCCACAAUCGAUUUGUGCAUCUCGGGAACCUGCCAGAUGAUGGCUACAGAGAACUGGAGGCAGUUUGUGUGGGACUUCGGUUUGGAAAAGUGGACAAUUAUGUUGUCCUGAAGAACAAAAACAAGGCAAUUCUGCAGCUGGACAGUGCCAAGUCAGCCAGGUCCAUGUACAGUUUCCUGCAGCAGUACCCUUACAAUAUGGGUGACCACACGCUGACCUGUACCUUGUCACCCAGUGCAGAGACUGCUGAGGCUGAAGUUGUGAAAAAAGAAGUGAAGAAAGAGGAGGCAAGCCAAGGAAGCUCUGGCUUGAAAAAAUAUCCAGAGGGAUCAGGAGUGGUGCAAACAGCAGCUGCUAAUCCUCCAGUAGAGGCCAGUGUGGCAAAGAAAGGACCUGUUCCCAUCUCUCAUGUCAAAGACGAGCUGUCAGCAGCGCAGACAGAGCCCUCCAAGUCCCAUCUGGAAGGAGCAGUGAGGGAGUCUGCUGCCAGAACAGCAGAAACAUCUCUGGAGAAGGUGGAUGCUGGAGUUGAAGCUGUGGUGGCAUCUCUCAGAUCUGCUGAUAGUGAAUCAUCUGAAGUGAAGUCAGAAGAGAUGCUGCUGCCACCUUCCAGUGUGGAGAGAGGAGAGGCAGUUCGAGCUAAGGCUGAACCGGAGCCGUGUGAGUCUGCUCUUGGAUUUGCAUCAGAGAAGGAGGUUCAAGAGGAAGAUGGAGGGUUGGCUGCUUCUACCUCUGAGCUGCCAGAAGAACUGUCCAGAGUGGGCAAGGCUGAAGGUGUGCUGCCAGAUUGUGCUGUGAAACUGGGAGUGGGGGAAUCAAGAGGGACUGUCCCUGAAGUGCUGCCCCCUCGUCCUGGUGCAGCUUCAGUGCACAUGCUGUCGUCUGGUGUCACACAACCAACCAACAAGUUGGAUGCUUCUACCAUGAAUCCUCGUUCUGAUGCUGUGAAAACUGGACAGGAAAUGGCUCUGAUGCCAACAAUGGAGAGCAAACCUGGGGUGGCUGUGGGAAAGAAACUGGGUGGAACUGGAAAGGUGAAACCAGAAGAUUUUGUGUUUGCAGUUGGAAGAGCUGCAGAGGAGAACCCUGAAAACCUUUUGGACAGGACUGGGGCAGAGACAGAGAAGCAACUUGAAAAGCUCGUGGCCAAGUUUGGGGCUGCUGGUGAAAAUGCUGCAAAUGCUGCUGGUGAGGACAAUGAGGGAAGUUUAAACAAAGCCUUUCAAAGUGAAGGAACAGGACCAACAAAAAGUAAUGAAGCCUCCAAAGCAGUUAUGUUUAAUUCCUCUUUCUCUGUCAAAGAAUCUUCUGCUGUUGAUAAAACCAUUUUAAAGGCAGUGGUGUCUCUUGUGGAUAUCUCAAAGUCAUGGAUUCCAGUGCAGAGAAAUGAGCCCUUCCUGUGUAGAGGAGGGGAGCAGAACUCUCCCCCAAAAGCUGAGAGCCAAGGCCAAGCAGUGGUGGAGAAGAAAACGACAUCGAAAGAAGAGGAUCCCCUACGACCUGGCAGCAGCACAUUGAGCCUGGGAGAUGGCAGCAGCAAAUGGAAAGCCAGCAGAAGCUCUGUGGUUGAUGGAAGGGGAGGCAAUGGGAGGAAUUCAUCUCAGCAAGAGAAGGACUCCCAAGUGGAAUCUAGGGCUAGUUCAAAACAGUCUCACGAGGGGGAGAGUAGAGCACCCAGCAUGAAGAGAGACAGCAGCAGCAAUAAGGCUUCUGCUGGUGACAACACGAAGGCUUCAAAAAGUGGCAUUAGCAGCAGUGCAAAACAAAAGGAGGAGGAAGAGCUGUUUCCUUUUAACCUGGAUGAGUUUGUCACCGUGGAUGAGGUGGUGGAAGAGACGGAGUCUCCCGUGAGAACGCGCCGGAAUCCCCCGAGGGGGAAGAGAAAAGCUGGGGCUAAAACGAACUUCUCUGCUGAGCCCAGCUCCAAGAGGAGGAAAAGGAAGAGCUCUGUGGCCCAUGCUGCAGCAAACAAGCUCCCCUUUGUCACCUUGGAUGAAAUUGGGGAGGAAGAGGACAUGGCUGCACAGCUGAUGGAGGUGGCUCAUCUGGAAGCGCUGGGGGACUCGCAGGGCCUGCUGGUGGUGGAUGAAGUGCUGGAAGAGGAAGAGCUGCAGUCAGAAGCAGGGAAGGACCCACAACUGCUUCUUCCUUGGGAUGAGAUACCAGGCCAGCAGGACCUCAGCUCACAGAAGGACCUGCCCAGGUCAGCCUUUGAGGAGCAGGAUUUGAAGGCUGAGCCCUUGGUGACUGUAGAUGAGAUCGGUGAAGUAGAGGAGCUGCCUCUGAACGAGCCUGCAGGCUUGAGCAUCGAGGAUGUGCUGAAGCAGAAGGAGGACGAGGAGGAGAAAGUGGCUGCUGAGGAUGGUGCCUCCUCCCAGGUGCCUGAUGAUCCUAGUGCUUUGGUGACAGUGGAUGAAAUCCAAGAGGACAAUGAAGACAACCCUAUAGUGACUUUGGAUGAAGAGAACGAAGAUGAAGAUGAUUUUCUGGAUGAUUUCAACCGGCUGAAAGAGGAGCUGAACUUUGUCACGGUAGAUGAAGUUGGAGAGGAGGAUGAGGAAGAAGAAAAUACUUCCCCAGGGAAAAAUCUGAAUGAGGAUGGAGACAAAGAUACUGCUGCUGUUGCAGGACCAGGGGAAGAGGUGGUUGCUCCUAUUGCAGGACCAGAAGAAGAGGUGGCUGCUCCUGUUGCAGAACCAGAAGAGGAUGAGGUUGCUGCUCUUGCAGGACGAGAAGAAACGGAAAUCUUAGGAGCUGUGAGUCCAGAAGAAGAAACUGUGGUGGUCUCAAAGUCAGAAGAUCCAGCCUGA